UCGAGAAGGCUGUGGUCGCGCGUCAAACCUCGUAGUCCAGUGUAAACAGAAAACCAGAUAUUUACAGAUUAUCCACAAAUCCGUUUCAUGAUAAGCCCCUCGGGUCCGCGCGUACGUUUUAACACUCGCACACUCACGGAUUUCGACGGCUUGGUUGAGGUGGACCCUGAUUCUCUAAACCCAGUCUCUACUACUUGGUCACUAUGGCAACCGAAGAAAAGAAACCAGAAACCGAAGCCACUAAGACACAAACAGCUUCUGCUGCCUCUGCCAGCCAGAGCAAGUCAGCACCUGUGAAGCCAAACUACACCCUAAAAUUUACGCUAGCUGGCCAUACAAAAGCAGUCUCCUCCGUAAAGUUCAGCCCAAGUGGUGAAUGGCUUGCUAGCUCAUCUGCUGAUAAACUAAUCAAAAUAUGGGGUGCAUAUGAUGGGAAAUUUGAGAAGACAAUAUCUGGGCACAAACUUGGCAUCUCAGAUGUGGCCUGGUCCUCUGACUCCAACCUCCUUGUCUCAGCGUCCGACGACAAGACCCUGAAGAUCUGGGACGUCAGCUCCGGAAAAUGCUUGAAAACCUUAAAGGGUCACAGCAACUACGUAUUUUGCUGUAAUUUCAACCCUCAGUCCAACCUCAUCGUGUCUGGAUCAUUUGAUGAGAGCGUUCGGAUAUGGGAUGUUAAGACAGGGAAGUGUCUGAAGACCUUGCCAGCCCAUUCGGACCCAGUCUCCGCAGUCCAUUUUAACAGAGAUGGAUCCCUGAUUGUGUCCAGCAGCUAUGAUGGGCUCUGCCGCAUUUGGGACACAGCAUCAGGCCAGUGCCUUAAAACACUAAUUGACGAUGACAACCCCCCUGUGUCCUUUGUGAAAUUUUCCCCCAAUGGCAAAUACAUUCUGGCUGCCACGUUGGAUAACACUCUGAAGCUUUGGGACUACAGCAAAGGCAAGUGUUUGAAAACCUACACCGGUCAUAAAAAUGAGAAGUACUGCAUAUUUGCAAAUUUCUCAGUCACAGGUGGAAAGUGGAUUGUCUCUGGAUCAGAAGACAACAUGGUUUAUAUCUGGAACUUGCAGACCAAGGAGAUCGUACAGAAACUACAGGGUCACACAGAUGUGGUGAUCUCAACUGCCUGCCACCCCACAGAAAACAUCAUUGCUUCAGCGGCUCUAGAAAACGACAAGACUAUCAAACUGUGGAAGAGUGACUGCUAAGCUAGAGCACACCUGAGCAGGCUUAUUUUAUUAUUGCUUUUUUGUUCGGUUGUCCUUUUUGUUUUUUAAUUUUGUACUUUUCAUUUUUGGGGAACUUCUAUCAUUAGAAAGAUGAGGCCAGGCCAUUUGUGCUGGUGAUGAUCUAGUCUUGGCGAGAGAUGGCAAAAGCACAUAUUCAGAGGCCCCAACCCCAGACCAACCUCCUCACCACUCCUUUAAACCCCAGUCUCUGUGCUCGGAAACAUUGCCACCUUCUCUCACUGCCUCUGCCUUGCCCAAACAUAGGCUGGCUGUUUGCUUCUCUUUUAUUAAUCAAAUCCUCAGAGCUCCCAUUAGUGCGUGCUGGCCGUCUUUGCCCUUUUAGGUCUAGGCAGCAUUGACUGAACACGCUGCUCUUUUAAAGAAAGCUUUCUCAAAUCUCAUUUGUGACAUUUGUUAGAUGGAACUAGUCUUGUGUUGAGUUUUGUACAUUAAUUUAAGCCACAAGUGAGCCUUGAUGCACAUUUAGGGGCCCUCGCCAUUAUACCCACUACAUUUCCUGUGCCCCCAGUUUAAGAAGGGGUAUUGAACAAGCGCUUCUCCUUGUUGCCGUCUGUCUCAAACUCCAGUAAUGUCAGAAGCUAGCAGUAACAGAAUGUGUUGAGAGACCUGCCUCAAAGCAUGUGGUGCUUCAUGUGUUGAAGUACAUCCAGCAGAUUGUCAUUGUUAUCUGAUGUAUAUGUGUUGAAUGGUGCCAAUUAUGAAUGAGACAUUUCUGUACAGCAUUCAAUCUUACCCCCACCCGCCGGGGUCAUGUUCCGCUGUAGUUAGACAGCUGGGCAGUUUUUGUGGUUACGUUGGCUUGAAGUUGGUCUUAAUUUUGGAGGAUUUUGUACUGUAGUUAUCACACAAGCAAGAAUCAAAGAUGAACAGUGUUGAACAGUUUGUCCUGUGUUCUAGUGUUAUUUCUGUGAGACAUUUGCCCCCUUUACAAUUUCUGCAAUGGCACUUCAUCCAUUUCUGCAGAAGGGUUAGAAAUUGUGUUGAGACAUAAUUGCAAUCUGUUGUGGUGCUUUCAGACUAACUAGUGAGCAUUAAAACAGACUAACUUUCUGUAGCAGUCAAAACUAUGGUCAUUUGUGAAGAAGAACUGAAAUGACUUGGCAAAUUUCAGGGAUACAAAUGCGAAUUGAAUUUUUGGUAAUUCCGAAGGCAACAACUACAAAAAGAAAGGAAUUUUCUGGGAUAUUUAUCCUGCAGAGUUCCAGUUCGGAAUGACUGUCACUUAUUUCAGACAAAUGAUUGAUUGAAACAGCAUACAAAGACAUACCUCCUCCAUUUAUUUGGUCUUGGAAAAAAAAAAGAAACAUACUAGCAAACCUCUCAUAUUCACAGCGAUGCAUAGUUACAUAUGCCACAAUACUGUGUGACCAAAUGCAAAAGUUGGAACGUAUGACUUCAGGUUUUUGAAGCAUGCGUGAUCUGUACAUGUUUGCAGCUUCUCUGUUUAACAUUUCUUUCUGUCCCGUGGUCUUACUGUGUCUUUAAUAGCUGGGACAGUAGUUGUGUACAAAUUUUUUUGUUGUCCUGAGUUACGAAGGCAUGGGUUGGCAUUGACUCUGCCUUGGUCUCUACCACUUUGUGUUCUCUGUUGACUUUCAGUGCAGUGAGGAGGAGGACUGCAUGAGAAAUUCAGUUGUGAUCUGUAAUGCAUUUAGUCACUCUGGACUUUACCUGUGACUCAAUAAAUUUUUUUUUUUUUUUAAA